UUCAAACAAUUAAAAGACCUUCUGCUAAGUUUAACGAUACAAAGAUGAAAUCGUUCGCUGUGUUCGCUAUCUUUGCCAGUACCAUCGCCAUCGUAAGCUGUGCCCCACAGUUUGGAAUGGGAGCAUCCGGAGCUGGAGCCCAGGCUGCAUCCCAAGGAAUGGGAAUGGGUGGAGGCUUCCCUGGUAUGGGAAUGGUCAUGAGUGGUUCAUCCGCCAACGCCGCUUCCCAAUCGAUGGGUCACGGAGCAUUCCCUGGAGGCAUGGGAAUGAGCGGUUCAUCGGCCAACGCAGGUUCACAGAGCGUUAGCCAGGGUGGAUUCCCCGGAAUGGGAAUGAGUGCUUCCGGUGCCAACGCUGCAGCACAAAGCAUGGGACAAGGCAGUCCUUUUGGAGGAUUUGGAGGAUCAAUGGCCAACGCAGGAGCCGGUGCCCAGGGCAUGGGAAAUCCUGGGGGUCCAGCAUUCGGUGGAUAGACUUACUCUUCUUAUGAAAUGUGUUAUUAAUAUUUAUUUUAAUUAUUUACUGUGCAACAAAGGUAGAAAAGAAGAAAAAUCUUCAGGACUGAUUAUGUUAACAGCACUGUAACAACUGUUGAUAGCUCU